CAAGCACCACUCGCGCGAGCUUCACGGUUUCUAUUCAACGGAGAGCACGGAUAUGAUGGUCAGCCGAUCGGAGAGGGUCGAGUGCACGUCCCGGGGCAAGGUUCGUUUGCUGGGAUUCAUUACCAUAAUGUGCAUUACGCCGACCUAUCGUCUACCGUUCGCCAGCGAAAACCAUUCACUCGUAUCGUCGACCGCAGUGUAUGCAUCUACUUCGGUCCCAGCCUCUUCUAAUUGGCCUCGUCGCGGGCUUUUCC